CUCCAGAAGUGAUAGACAAUGAGAAAUACACAUUUUCCCCAGACUGGUUUAGCUUUGGAUGCCUAAUAUAUGAAAUGAUUGAAGGACAAGCUCCCUUCCGAGCCCGUAAAGAAAAGGUAAAACGGGAAGAAGUAGAUCGCCGAGUGAAAGAACAGCAAGAAACAUACUCUCAUAAAUUUUCUGAAGAGGCCAAGUUAAUAUGUCAAAUGCUACUCAAGAAGAAUGCACGAGAACGACUGGGAUGCAAUCGGGGUCGACACGGUGCUGCUGAAGUCAAGAGUCAUGACUUCUAUCGUAAUGUCAACUGGAAGAGAUUAGAAGCUGGCAUUUGCGAUCCUCCCUUUGUUCCAGAU